AUGACGUCGAAUUACAAAGGAAAAAAGAAAGUACAAGAAUUAAGCCCAAAAGUUAGGGACGAAUUACUUCAUGUGAGUUCUCCAAACACGAUAACUGAAAUGGACCUAAGCCAGGAUACCUCGGAUGCAUUGGUUUGCGAAAAACAAAUAAAAAAAGAAAUGCAGCGAUAUAAGCUGGAACGUGAAAUGAUAUGUGUCUGGGGUGAGAAUCGGGACCCACAC